AAUUCAAAAGUGAAAAAAAAAAUCGAAAAAGAAAAAAGAAAUCAGUUGGUGUGGGUUCGUAUACAGAUUACAGACGACUGCAACUCGCACUCACGGUAGGAGCUCAAAAGUACGCCGCGCAGUGAAAGGCCGAGCAAGAUGAUCGGAGUCGGGAAAAUCAAGCAAUACUCCAAUGUCCUCGAGAGGCCCCUUGGCAAGGGAAAACAAGAGGUCAGUUUGAGCGCGUUUGCGUUCUUGUUUUCCGAGCUUGUUCAGUACAGUCAGACUCAAGUCGACAAUAUAGCAGAGCUGGAAAGAAGGUUAGAGGAUGCUGGCUAUGCUGUUGGAGCUAGGGUUCUGGAACUUCUUUGUCACAGAGAGAAGGGCAACAGAAGGGAGACAAGGCUGUUGGGUAUUUUGUCUUUCAUACACAGCACAGUGUGGAAGGUGUUGUUUGGAAAGGUGGCUGACUCUCUCGAGAAAGGCACUGAGCAUGAAGAUGAGUACAUGAUUAGUGAGAAGGAACUUCUUGUCAACAGGUUUAUUUCGGUACCCAAAGAUAUGGGUGCAUUUAAUUGUGGUGCAUUUGUUGCUGGAAUUGUGAGGGGAGUCUUGGAUAACUCAGGGUUUCCAGCUGUUGUAACAGCUCAUUUUGUACCUGUCGAUGGACAACAGAGACCGAGGACAACCAUUUUAAUUAAAUUUUCUGAAGAGGUUUGGUGUAGCAAAAAAGUUACUCAGUUUGUGUAUAGCGCAAGUACUACAGCGAGAAGCAAGAUUAGGUUGACCCUGAUUCAUGAUUCUGGAAAGCUGUUUUUACACCAACCGUUGGCUGAAAAAUCGUGCUGUUAGCCAGCAAAGGUCCCGACAUAUUUGACGGCUUAUGACAACUUGGCUUUUUAUGACCAUGGUCUGAUAAUAUAUUGUGUCAUAUUAUUUGCAUAAUAUGGUGACUUGAAGCUUUUCUUGAUUGUCUGAAAACUUGUCUGUAAUCUUCUUUGGUAAAGAUUUUUUUUUUUUUUGGAACUCUUCAUCUUCCCCCAGGAGAGCAAAGACUUGAAAAUUGAAAUAUGCUUUCUGAGAAAGUCAAUCUUGACAUUUUUGAAACAACAGCAAUUCAUCAAAGACUCAUCAAUUCACUUGACAGCAAUUCAUCACAAAGAGACUCAUCAAUUCAUCUUACAGCAGUUAAAACAACUUGAGGGAAGAAAAUAUGUAACUAAGCGGCUCGAAAAUCAUCAAGUAGAGAAAUUUACAU